UGCUGCACAUCAAACAAUUAACAAUGGUUACUCCCUGGAAGGAGAUAGCUAAUGGGUAGAGUGGCCUCUGAAAACCCAGCAUGCGUGUGUGGACAGAAGCAGCCUUUCUGCCCAGGGCAGGGUUGCUGGCAGAGAAGGAAGGAAUAGAUGAACAAAGCAAUGAAUCAAUGAAUGACCAUGAGGCCCCCGCAGACCACAGACGAUGCGCAGUGAGGAGGAGCUGGGGUGGUCAAGGGACCGUCCGAGCGUGGACACUGCCCCUGGGACCUGGAGGCUCAUCUUCCAGAGGUGCCGGCCCCCGGCCGUGCUGUAGCUGUCGGCUCCUCCUACGGCCUCGCCAGGCAGAAGGGGGCUGAUGCCCAGGGUCUGACCCUGGCUGGGGACACCUUGUCCUGCUUUCUCCACCACUCACCUUGCCCUUGACCCCCAGGUCCCGGCACCCUCAUGGUGAGCGGCACGAGGGUAGCCCUGGGGCUCUCCCUGACCUGCCUCUUGGCCCUCAGCCUUGUCUCCCCUGCCUGGUUCCAGACACCCACCUUCUCCUUCGACGCGCUCACCUACUGCUCCCAGCCUCUGGUUGACAGCUGGAAUCAGAGCUGCACGACCUUCAGUUCCCUGGAGGACGUACCUGACACUGCCUGGAGGGUGAGACCUGUGCCCAUAGAGCCGCUGCAUUUACUGCUGUGCAUCCUGAGGCCAACGACUCCAGUGCUUCUGGGACUCUGCCGCAGGCAGCCCGUCCUCCCCUCAUGUCCCCAGCACGUCUCCGCUGUGACACUCCUGUGGGGCUGGCUCCUGUUAGCCUCCAGCACAAUCCUCCUCCCGUCCUGGGUCCCAGGCCCCAAAGGGCUGUGCCCGAGGAGGGGGAUGCAGGCAGCAGCAGCCCGACGGCACCUGACCUCUCUCUCAAUCUCCAGCGCCGUCACCACUGUGGGCCUUCUGGUUUUCCCAGGUAGCCUGGCCUCCCCAUUCACCAAAGAAGCCUGCAAGUGCUCCUCCAUGUACCAUGGCGGGAAGUAGCUCGGCUGGGGCUACGUGACUGCCACCCUCAACACCACCCUGGUCGGGCUCCCGACCAUCACUGGAUGGCUCUGCACAACCAAGGUCCAGGGGAGAGCCAUCGUCUUCUCCAGUGACACAGAGAGACUCAUUCUCAUGCCAGAAACCAUCCAAUACAAACCUCCCGGGAAGGAAGGAUCAAAAGAGCCCAUUGCGAAGAAACCAUCACACAUAGACAUAUGCAGCAGGGUAGACUGGAGCCUUGGUAGCCCUUCUUCACCCAGUUUGGAAUAUAUACCUGGCUACAAAGUGUCACCUAGUCUCUUCUACACCCAAACUUGGCCUGAAUGCAACCCCACCCGGAAGUAGUUAAAAUUACCUUUAACAGUCCGUCCCUUUAGAAGAAACAGUUACAGGUGGCUAUCAGAAGAGCAGUUUUGGCCAUCAGCUGUGGUUACCAAACAACACUGGCUAACAAAGUAACAAUGAAAAGCCUGUAGAGCUGGGUGUUUUAAUCAGAUAAACCAUCACCCUAG